CGCCUCGAAAGGCAACUUCAGCAUUCGACCUGUCAAGCAUGGGAAGUCCCGUAUGCCUCAACGUCUAUAUAUGCAUGCUUCUUUCCGUUAAGCAUCCACAACUUCCUAUCUAAUGGCGCGUUUCCUUCUGCCUCUCAAUGACACUACGGUAGUGUUUCUCCCGCCCGACGACACGGGCUUGCCUACACCAUACGCCGCUCAGAUCACUGUUAAGACAGAACGACGUCCCAAUGUUGGCAUAUUAUCAACUCACUUUCUCGUCCAACACGAGAUCACGGACCUGAUCCUCAAGAUCGUCAGUGCGCAUAUACACGAGUCUUUCCCCCCGUACGCCGUGUUCGAUGGAGCGCAGUACACUCUGUUUGCGUCUCGACGCAAGUGGGUAUAUGGCCAAAGCAAAGUUCAGUUUGAAUGGGGAGGGCAACGUGUGGAGCCGUGCCAGUACAAAUGGACUUUUGUCUUCGAUUGUAAGACAACACACGCGGAGUGAAAUAAAUGGUUGUAUGCGCACAUGUAGUCAACAGAGGAUUCUUCAAAAGUAACUUCUGAGUAUUUCCGUUCUUUGUGAUAGCGUGGACAGAGGCUACUCACGGCCUGUCCAUUUUUCUUAGUUCGUGCCUGGCAAAUAGAAAUCGUCGGGUAAUUGUUCCCCAUUUAGAACAGGUAGUUUUUGCCAGAUAUCACAAGCUCUCAUUUCGCUAUAGAAUUGGUAAACAGUUGGAUAAUCUCC